AAUCACUAAUACCUUCAGUGAUUCAUAAUGGCUAUUUUCUCUGUUAUCGAAGAAGGAUCUUCAUCUUCUUCAUCAAUUGAGGAUAAUAAGUAUGAGUAUGAUGUAUUUUUAAGUUUUAGAGGUCAUGAUACUCGUAGUAGUUUCACCAAUCACCUGAAUCAUGCCCUUACCCGUGCCAAUAUCUCUACCUGCAUGGAUGAUGAAGAGUAUCAUAAAACGGGAGAUCUGAAACAGGAAUGGCUGAGAGUGAUUAAAGCAUCUAGGGCUUCUGUGAUUGUGUUGUCUCAGAAUUAUGCUAGGUCGACAUGGUGCCUUAAUGAAUUGGUGCUUAUCCUCGAGCAACGUAUGACAUCAAACCAUAUUGUUAUCCCCAUCUUUUAUCAUGUUAGGCCCAUCCAUGUCAGGAAGCUACAAGGUAGCUUCGGAGAUGCGAUGGCUAUGCAUAAAAAAGCAGUGGAGGCAGAGACAAGUGAAGAAAAAAGAAGUCAAUGGGCUCAAAAGAUUGAUGUGUGGAUUAAAGCACUUCAAGAAGUUACUGAUUUAAAAGGGAUGAACGUACGUGACUGGCGAGAGACAGAGUUCAUUGAUGAAAUUGUUAAGGAGAUCUACUGUAGAUUAGGUUUAUCGUCAAGGAGUUCUCUGCGACAACUUAUCGGGAUGGAUUAUUCCGUGAAUUUGGUCACUUCAUGGUUGAAAGAUGCAUCAUCUCACACCACAGAUAUACUCACUAUUUUGGGUAUAGGUGGGAUAGGGAAGACAACUUUAGCAAAAUAUGUCUAUGAAUUACAUUAUUCUGAAUUCGAUACAUGCAGCUUUAUUGAAGAUAUCAGUAGAAGAUGUGAUGAACAUUUCAAUGGCUUGGUUGAUUUACAAAAACAACUAUAUGAUGGCAUUUCAAAAACAAGUCCAAUUCAAGUCCAUGAUGUUUCUAUGUACACCUCAAAGAUAGAGACUGUAUUAGCUAGUAGAAAGGUGUUUCUGGUCCUCGAUGAUAUUGAUAAUCUAAUGCAGCUGAAUGCAUUACUUGGGAGCAAAGUUUUUCUUCCAGGAAGCAAAGUCAUUAUAACAACAAAGGAUGCAUGGUUAACAGAAAGGUGUGCACUAUUCAAAUCAAAUAUUAAACCCAGGCAUAUAAAGCACAAGAUUGAAGGCUUAAGUGACAUUAAGGUUUCUGAGAAGACAGAAAUGCAUAAUCAAAAUUCACAUCCACUUGACCCUCAAGGUUUAAAUGAACCGCUACUAAGAUAUCCAGAGAUGACGCAGCCAAACCACUCCAAAAUCCCCCUCGAUGCCGUAAAAAGUUGUACCCAAAACUUCAAUGAAAGAAAUUUCAUAGGGAAGGGUGGGUAUGGAAGAGUUUACAAGGGAUUCCUCUCUUGGGGGAAUCAUGUAGACCAGCUAGUUGCGGUAAAACGGCUAGAUGUCACUGGGUUUCAAGGCAACAAGGAGUUCCACACGGAGCUCACAAUGCUUUCACAGUAUCAACACAACAAUAUUAUAAGACUUAUAGGCUUUUGCGACGAUAACAAGGAGAUGAUCCUUGUUUAUGAAUAUGCAAGCCAUAGAAGCCUUGACAUUUAUUUAUGUAACUCUGCUUUGUCCAAUGGAUUGUCAUGGACACAACUCCUCAAAAUAUGCAUUGGCAUUGCUUCUGCAUUGGACUAUCUUCAUAAUCACGUGGCAGAAAAACACAGAAUAAUCCACCGUGAUAUAAAAUGUGCAAAUAUUUUGCUGGAUGAGAAUUGGAAUGCAAAACUUGCAGAUUUUGGGUUGGCUAGGAUAGGACUAGCAAAUCAAAAAAACACCAUAGUGAUCACUAACCCUGCUGGCACGCCAGGUUAUUGUGACCCGCAAUACGAAAGAACAGGUUUCCUAACAAAAGAAUCUGAUGUAUAUUCCUUCGGUGUGGUUUUGUUUGAAGUUUUGUGUGGAAGGCUGGCGUGUGUUUUAGAUUAUCAUGAUGAGCGGCGAUUUCUCCAUCAUUUGGCCAGAACCUGCUACAAAGAUGGAGAGCUAGACAAGAUUAUUGAUCACAGAAUAAGGAACGAUAUCAGACCAAAAACAUUACUCAAGUUUUCAGCUAUUGCAUAUCAAUGCUUGCAAGAAACUCGGGAAGAACGCCCUACAAUUGCUGAGGUUGCAUUCCAACUUAAGGAGGCCAUGAAAAUGCAAUUUGAAGUUGAGAUGCUCCAAGAUGUGUUACCUCCAACACUACCUCAGUCAUGGCUUUAAUUAUCAAUUCCCAUGCUCGGGACUCACAUUUUUGUUUUUGUUCAUGAAACUAUACAUGUAUUUAUACCGAACAAAUGUACCUCUCUAAUACAAACAUGCACCAUAACAAACUAACUAUACAUCUAACUAACCCUGACUCUCUUAACUAACACUAAUCAUACAUACAACAAUAAUACUUUUUUCCUUCAUCAGUUUUAUGCUUUUUUUUUUCUUUCUUUCUGUACAACUUUAGUGUAAUUGCUCUUCAUUAUGCAUAACUCAGUUAAGAGUUAACAGAUCAUCCAAGAUGAUAUCACUUUUGAGGAAGACACCACAAUAAGAACUGAAGCAUUGAUAUUGCCUUAAUUAAUCAUAUAUUUUGGGUAAUUAUCUUAACAAUUUAUUCUAGAAUGAUGUACUUUAAAGAUAAAUGAUACUUAAUAUGUUUUAUAUCGGAUAAAUAUAGUUAAAUUCGGAGCUGAGAAGAAAAAGAAAAAGAUUGGGAUAAUAAUGGAUCUGAUAAGGAUCAAAAUCAAAUUUUCCAUAAAAUAACGGUUUAGCGGCGUGAAGGUUAAAUAUGGUGGCACAAAGAAGCUUUAGAAUUCGAGAACAAUCCAGAUCACAGUUAGCGGCGCGACAUUAAUAGAAUUGCGACGCGACAUCCAAAAUUCUAUAAAUACGGGAUUUUACUAUUCAAUUCUGUAACGUCUGUGUUUCUAGGCUAGACAUUAAUGAUGAUGCCAUAUUCUAGGUCAACCUUUGUAACACGUUUUGAAAUAAUAAAAAUAUAUAUAUUAUUUGAAUA